AUGAGCAACUAUGCCUUCUUCGUCAAGUACACAUACUCAAACGAGUGCGCUCUGCUUGCCUACAACUUUCAUGAGCUCGUCUCAAAGCUCGGGAUCUUUGAGAUCUUCGCUUACAGGCACGACCAUCGCCUCAUCAGCGUCACGCUCGCGUAUAUCCUAUACCGCUACCAGGUGCACCACUGUGACAUGGCCUUGGAUCUAGCGCUAACGCUCGUGUACCUGGAGGAUCUCAGCUGCCACGUGGAGGCAAAGCCGGAGCUGCGUGAGCGAUGCCGAGAUGCUUUCAAUCUGAUCUGUUACAUGGCGUUUCUUGCGCACGCCUUCAACUCGGACCGACCGAUACGACUCGCCGACUGGUUCAAAGAGAUCGGCUGGCGAUCCUUCAAGAAUUGUCACCAACUGAAUGCCUACGUCUUCUUCCUCUUUUCCCAAGUCCGGGGAUUCAAACUUCGGGUGAACGAAAGCCAGGUGAAGAGGUACAUCCAAAAGCUUUGCAGUGUACCAAGUCAGGCAGCUCAGACGGCCUCCUAA